AUGACAAGAGGGAAAGCCGCAGCCGCAAGCUCGCCGAGAAUCGUCGUGCCGGGCAACUGUCGCGAGCAUAUUCCUCCAAUAAUGUCAGCGGAGUGUCGAGUGGCAGUGGUCGUCGGCGGUUGCUCGGAUUCCGGAUUAGGCUUGGUCGCCGCGGAGCGGCUGCUGCAUCACGGCGCUAAAAGGGUGAUCCUCGCGGACGCGUCGGGCGCUUCGGCCGCCGAGAGACUUUGCGCGGCUUACGGCAAGGGACGCGCCAAGUUUUAUCCCUGCGACCCGAAGAACUCCUGCCAAGUGGAGGGCAUCUUCGAGUGUUCGCACUGCCGAGAGGAGAACGUCAGCAUCCUCGUCAACGACCUCGACGCCAUUCAGCGUCUGCCCGACUCGCCGAUGAACUCGUGUCCCGGCGACACUAAACACAGCAACGCGAAGCGCAUCACGAAAAUCGCGCUGGAGGUGAUGCCUCGGAAAUGCAAAUCGAGCGGUGGCAUAAUCGUCAACUGCGCCUCCAUACUGGGCUUUAUGGGAUGGCCGGACAACCCACAGCCGGUGUACUGCGGCAGCGAGCCCGUCAUAGAGACCAGCCUACGACUCGCGGCGAGUUUUCCAGUGGAGCAGACGGGAAUACGGCUGGUUGCCCUGUGUCCCUCUAAUAGAAGCUUUGAGGCCAUCGGACUGCCUGAUAUGCCUGACAGCGCGACGAUGCGCGACGAGGCGUCGCCUUGCCAAACGAGAAGCUGUACUCCCGAUCCGCGUAGAGACAGAAGCCGCGUGGGUCACGCGCUCGCGCACCUGACGGCGCGAGCCCCGACCGGAACCGCCUGGCUCAUCGAGCCGCCCUUCACCGCUCGCGAACAGCCCCAGCUGCUACUUCCCCGAUCUACCAAUGCCGAGGAAUGUUCGAUCGCGCAGACUUUAGACUCUCCACCUACGCGAGAUGUUCAGUGCUCGUGUAAAUCGUAA